AAGGGAGCGAUUAAUAGAAAGGGGGCUUAAAAGAGAGGGGAGCUUAAUAGAGCUUUUACGGUCAGUGCAAUUACGAUGGAACUUACUUUGUUGAUCUAAUUAGAGAAGAUAAGGAUUGUUGUGUUUGUAGCCCGAUGUGACUUAAACUUGUGAUUCCGUUGCCUAGAAAUUGCAGUGAGCUGGCCAUUCUCCUCGGUUGUUGCAGAGACUCAAUCCAAGACCCUGCGAUCUGUAUUACACAGGGGUGCUUUUUUGCAGACUAUGCCAAACAAUUGAACUUUUCUAUCAGUCUCUCUUGAGAAAUUUCCUUUUUUGUCUCUCUUGUGUGAGCAAACAAUAUCCGGACGUGGUAAAGGUUUCAAUAGGUCAAUGAUGUACGCAUAGAUGGUUGUACGGUGUUUUCCAAAAACAGGAUUAAUUAAGAAAACAGUAACUCUCUUGUCGCGUUGUGGUGGGUUAUCGCUAACACCAGUAAUCGGAACAAAAUGGCGGCAACACCGCUCGAUACUCCUACACAACCGUUGGGCAUAGAUGAGAUUCUGCCAUACAUCGGGGAAUUUGGAAAGUUUCAGAUUCUUCUCGAAGUUGCAUUUUGUGUUAUGGUAAUUCCAAGGUCAAUGCUGAUACUCGUCCCGUACUUUGCACAAGACAGUCCUCCAUGGACAUGCGUUUCAAAUAGUACAGUUUGCCGUCUUAAUGGAACGUUUGAUUCUUAUAGCCGAUUCUAUCAAUACCGAUGCAAUAUGCCAAGGUCAGAAUGGGAAUUCACCAAGCAAAAAGAAUACUCGAUAGUCACACAGUUCGAUCUGUACUGUGACACUGAGAUGUACAGUUACUUGGCCACAUCUUCAGUUUUUAUCAGCUGGGCGUUUGGAGCAGUCAUUCUUGGUUGGGCGUCAGAUAGGUACGGUAGAAGAAUCAUAAUGCUGCCAUCGACAAUUUUUGUCCUUUUGUCUGGGUUCAUCAGUUCGUUCUCUCCAAAUCUUUGGUUCUACAUUCUUACUCGCGCAGUGGUUGGGUUUUUCACACCUGGAUCUGGUAUACAGUCAUUCGUUCUAAUUUCAGAAUUUGUAGGCCCAAAAUGGCGUCCAUUUGCUGGUAUUACACUUUGGCUAAUAUAUGCAGUAAGCGUUGUGUUCCUUGGUGUUAUAGCCAUCUUCGUUCAGACGUGGAAAACACUGAUGAUAGUCAUCACAGCUCCAUACUUCUUCGUUUUGCUGUUUUUCUUGGUCAUUCCCGAAUCAGCUAGAUGGCUUCAUGUGAAUGGGAGAACUGACGAGGCUCUUGCAAUCUUUCGAAAGAUCGCUAAGUGUAAUGGAAAGGAGCUACCAGAUAUCAAACUAAAGACGAGUAAAGAGAACUUUUCCGCCGGAAUAAAACAUUACCUUCAUUUAUUCAAGCCGGCAAAAAUUGCAGUAAGAAGCUUGAUCCAAGGAUUUGCAUGGGUUGUGAGCGGCUUGGUGUUCUAUGGAGUUUCAUUCGGCGCUGGUGACUUGAGCGGUAACACGCACAGGGACUACAUCCUUACCAGUUUAUUCGACAUACCGGCUGUUAUUCUCGCAAUUUACCUUUGCAACAAAAUUGGAAGAAAGAAGACAGUGGUUAUUCCGAUGUUUAUUGCCGGGAUAUCCUGCAUCGCUGUAUCCUUGAUUCCAAAAAAAUCAGGGAGCAAACCAUCGGAACUUGUUAGUCUUCGAGUUUUCUUUGGAGUGCUUGGAAGGUUUUGCAUCGCGUUGUCGCAUGAUUCCAUUUUCAUAUGGUCGACCGAAAUGUACCCGACUUGCGUAAGCCGAUUCUAUCAAUACCGAUGCAAUAUGCCGAGGUCAGAAUGGGAAUUCACAAAGCCAAAAGAAUACUCAAUAGUCACACAGUUCGAUUUGCACUGCGACACUGAAGUAUACAGUUACUUGGCCACAUCUUCAGUUUUUAUCAGCUGGGCAUUUGGAGCAGUCGUUCUUGGUUGGGCGUCAGAUAGGUAUGGUAGAAGAAUCAAUAUGCUGAUAUCGACAACUUUUAUCCUUUUGUUUGGGUUCAUCAGCUCGUUCUCUCCAAGUAUUUGGCUCUACAUUUUUGCACGAGCAGUGUUUGGGUUCUUCAUACCAGGAACUUUUAUACAGUCAAUCGUUCUAAUUUCAGAAUUUGUAGGCCCAAAAUGGCGUCCAUUUGCGGGUAUAGCAAUUUGGCUAAUAUCUGCAGUAAGCGUUGUCAUCCUUGGUGUUAUAGCCUUCUUCGUUCAGACGUGGAAAACACUGAUGAUAGUCAUCACAGCUCCAUAUUUUUUCAUCUUGCUGUUUUUCUUGGCCAUUCCCGAAUCAGCUAGAUGGCUUCACGUGAAUGGAAGAAAUGACGAGGCUCUUGCAAUCUUUCGAAAGAUCGCUAAGUGUAAUGGAAAAGAGCUACCAGAAGUUCAACUAAAGAAGAUUGAAGACAACUGUUCCAGCGGAAUAAAACAUUAUCUUCACCUAUUCAAGCCUGCAAAAAUCGCAGUAAGGAGCUUACUCCAAGGAUAUACAUGGAUGGUGUGUGGCUUGGUGUUCUUUGGAGUUUCAUUUGGCGCCGGUGACUUGAGCGGCCACAUACACAGGGACUACAUCAUUACCAGCUUAUUCGACAUACCGGCUGCUGUUCUUGCAAUAUACCUUUGCAACAAAAUUGGAAGAAAGAAGACAGUAAUUAUUUCCAUGUUUAUUGCCGGAAUAUCCUGCAUCGCUGUCUCCUUGAUUCCAAAAAAGUCAGGGAGCAAACCAUCGGAACUUGUUGGUCUUCGAGUUUUCUUUGGAGUGCUUGGAAGGUUUUGCAUCACGUUGUCACAUGAUUCCAUUUACAUAUGGUCGACCGAAAUGUACCCGACUUGCGUAAGUUCGAUUUGCACUGCGACACUGAAGUAUACAGUUACUUGGCCACAUCUUCAGUUUUUAUCAGCUGGGCAUUUGGAGCAGUCGUUCUUGGUUGGGCGUCAGAUAGGUAUGGUAGAAGAAUCAAUAUGCUGAUAUCGACAACUUUUAUCCUUUUGUUUGGGUUCAUCAGCUCGUUCUCUCCAAGUAUUUGGUUCUACAUUUUUGCACGAGCAGUGUUUGGGUUCUUCAUACCAGGAACUUUUAUACAGUCAAUCGUUCUAAUUUCAGAAUUUGUAGGCCCA